AUGAUUGAAAAUGGGAGCAACGGGAGUAGUAUUUCCGUGAACCGAAAGUGUAUAGAAGAGAGUAUUGAUCUAAACCAACCCUAUCUCUCAGUUACGGAACGAUAUUAUACUCCGUAUUACAAGAUAGACCAGGAUAGAUCAAGAAAGAAUGAUCUUUGUCUCCUGAUUCAUUCCAACCGAAUUUCCUUGAUAACUUUAGCUCCGUCUCACCCGGUCCUGUCGUCGACUGAGAAAAUCAAGGUGAACUGUGAGGUGUCUGGAAAGUUGGAUAGGAAGCAGAAUAAGGCGGUUGGGAAGAGCAAGAAGGGAGGACAAAAUCUAGAACCUACUUCCAUUGUGUGCUUUUUAGAGGUUGGAGAGACAAGGUAUCCUAUAGAGGCUGUAUCUCCUGGAAAGCUAGUUUGCAUGAACAAGUGUGUCCUGGAGAACCCUGAUUUUGCUCGUCUGAAACCUCAAGCCGAGGGACAUAUUGCUGUUCUUCUCCCUUAUCUAGGAAGGAUUCAGGUUACUCAAAACAAUACCCUUCCUUUCCUCCUUCACUACUUCAGUGAUACGAUUUUUUAA